UCCCACCAAGAGUAACUGAAGAAGCUGACAGGAUGAUGCGCAAAUUGCGAGACUUGCAAUCCCAACUGGAUGAGCGGUCUAAUGAUGUCAGCAGAAAAGAGUCCAAACUACUUAUGCUAGAAGCUGAGAAAGAUACAGCAGUCAAAAGACUACGUGAUGUUCAAGAGGAGUAUGCAGCAGAGAAGCGUCAACUUGUCAAUGAGAUUGUAUCUCUUAAGAAGUUAAAGGACAUGAGUCAAAGAGAUUCUACAAGAAAAGAAAUGCAAGUCCAUCAGUUUAAAGUUGAAGCUGAGAAGGGAUUAACAUCACUACAAGAAGCAGAGAGGAAAAUACAAAGCUAUAGAACUGAGAUUGAUCGAAAAUCUGAGGAACUGAGCUCCCUGAGAAUUCAACUAGAAGAACAAAGAGCAGAGACUYUACGACUGAAAACACAACUACAAGAGAUGGACGAUAGGUUCUUUGAUUCACAAGCCAAAACAAAAGAACAACUUAGUAGAGAACUUAGGGAAGAAAUACGGCAACUGAGACUACAGCUUAAAGAAAAAGAAAUUAGUGCUGAACAGGACAGAAGCCUACGGAACAAGGUAUUAUUAGCUCUCUUCUUUGUCAGAGAUAUUUAUAUCAUGUCUGCAAUCAAGCCUGAAAUAAAAGAGAGCAACAAACAGCUAAAACAUGAGCUUGAAAAGACACAAGAUCUAUUACGACUAGAGCAGUCUGCACAUAGGAAUGACCUUGAUAAGUUAUCAAAAGAAGAACAAGUUUCAUUAGAAGCAAGUCUACAAAGAAAUCAUCUCCGCAAUGAACUGAGUGAAGCAGAAAUGCUUCAUAAUUCUGCUGACCAAGAGAACAUGGCKCUCAAGAGAGACAAAAUACUUCUCACAGAYGAAGUAGCUAGUCUAAAUGCAAAGCUGGAUGAUAAAGAAGAAGAGAUUGAAAGUAUCAAGCUUCAGUUAGAAGAAGCAGAAACAAGAGUCGCCCAGCUAGAAUCUAAAAACAGACUACAGCGAAACUUGGAGUCCAUUAAAUGGGAAGAAUUUGAAAAGCUGGCAACAACAAUGAAAGCUUUUUCCAGAAAUAUGAAUUCUGGCAAGCAUGACAAGGAAAUGGAUUAUGAUUAGARACAAAUUAUCAGCUUGCCUGUUACAGUUUGAACUUCUUGAACUCCAACUAACAAGAAUUUUAAGUUUUGUAUCAGACUGUUUUGAUAGCCUGAGAUAGAGACUGGUGCCAAUGCUUUCUACUUAGUCUUUCCCAACUUUGUUGACACAGGAAUCCCACUCACAUGAGAGGUUAUUCUGCAAAAAAACCUACAUGCCAUGUUACUACAGUGUCCUUCCAGGUCACUUCUGCCUUAAAUUAAGACAGCACUAAUGAUCCAGUGAAAUGAUCUCAAGAUGGAGUUUAAAGCUGAGUAAUAGGCAGCGUAGCCAUUCCUCAGUGGGCCUAAGGGCAAACUCCCUUGGCGUCAUGACCACUAAUGAGUCAAACAGAUGUCACUGCAUUGUUUCUGGUUCUCAUAUUUUUUAAUAAAAAGUAUUAAUUGUUGU